GUCGACUCCUACUCCAAUUAUUCUCCCCGAUCCCAAAAAAAAAAAAAAAUUUCUCUCCGACGAGGCGACGACGAAGAGCAGAGCCGGCGACCUCUCCGAAGAGCAGUGCCGGCGAUCUCUCCACCGCCUGCUCUCCAUGUCCAAAUCCACCCUGCCGCCGUCCCAAUCGACCUCUCCACCGCCUGCUCUCCCCUGAGUCUGAAUCAGAUCCAACGUCACAACUCCCAUCCUGCGAAUCGACCCUCCUCCAGCGCCGGUGAAAUCUCCGCCGCCUGGCUCUUCUAGAACCCAUCCUGCGAAUCGAACCCUCCACCAGCGCCGACGAAAUCUCCACUGCUUGGCUCUUCCAUUUGAGAACCCAUCUGCGAAAUCGACCCUUAUGCAGAUAAUGAAGAUGGCUCCUCCUGCGGAUCGAGAUGACUAUGGAGUUUGGCCUUGAUUUUCCCUCCAAGCGCCUGAGAGUCGGUGCUCUCCCCCACAACCCACAGAAACAAAACAAACAAGAAGAAGAAGAUAUUCUGUAACUCUGUUCACCAUCCAUCAUCAAACCAGAGGUCAUCAUUUGCUCCGAGAGUGAAAAAGUAAGA